AUGGGUAAAAGAAAAUCUACUAUGAAGGUACAAACCAAGAGAGCCGAACCGUUAGCUACGACUUUCAAAUGUUUGUUUUGCAAUCAUGAAAAGGCGGUUGUCGUCAAAUUACAUAAAGACGUCAUGCAAGCUGAAUUAUCUUGUAAAUAUUGUCAUGUCAAUUGGCAAACAACUAUGAGUAACUUGACAGCUGCUGUAGAUGUGUAUUCCGAGUUUGUAUCUUUACUUGGCCUACUCUUUCAUUCAUGUGUUAUCUUAUAUAAUCGAAACUUGAUAGUUCAAUGGAUAGAUAAAUGUGAAGAAGAAAGGAUCAAACAUCAAAUCAAAAAGAAACGGGCCGCUAAGAAAGAUCAAGAAGCUAGUCAAACACUCUCAGGGGAUAAUGAAACUAGACGUGAGAGAGAAGAUAUCGUAGAGGAAGAAGAAGAAGAACAUUAUGAUGGUGGAUAUGAAGAUCGGACUGAAAAACGAAGAAGAGUGGAUGAUUAUGAUGAUGAAGAAGAGGAAUAA